AGACGGCCGAAAAGAGACCCGCCGAAGAAAUGGCGCAAGUCAAGGUUAAUGUAAAAUGGGGCAAGGAAACAUACAGCGACGUAGAGCUAGACAUGUCUCAGCCGCCAUUGGUGUUCAAGUCGCAGCUGUUUGCGCUGACGGGAGUGCCGCCAGACCGGCAGAAGGUCAUGCUAAAAGGCGCCUUGCUAAAGGACGACGAGUGGGGCAAAGCCGCUCCAAAGGAGAACAUGACAAUUAUGCUGAUGGGAUCUGCUGAGGCGGUUUCAGUAGAGGCGCCCAAGAACGCUCCCACAUUCGUGGAAGAUCUGCCUGAAUCGGAGCAGGAGCACUUGGACACCAAGCGCUUCGGCUCCGGCCUCCACAACCUAGGCAACACCUGCUACAUGAACUCCACUAUGCAGUGCAUGUUUGCCGUUCAGCCGCUGCGCGAAGCGCUGCACAAGAAAGGUACGGCCGCGGGAGGCGACCCCACCGGCCGGCUGGUCUCAGCCACCUCAGAGCUCUUCAAGGACCUGGAGAACGGCGGCGCCCCCUUCCCGCCGUACGCCUUCCUGAUGGCGCUGCGCGCCAAGUUCCCGCAGUUUGCGCAGCAGGGCGCGGGCGGCGUGUACUCGCAGCAGGAUGCGGAGGAGUGCUGGACCAACGUGAUGUACGCCCUGCGCGAGAAGGUCAAGGACGAUGACGGCACUGCGGUGGUGGACAAGCUGUUCGGCAUGCGCACUCGGCUCACGCUCAAGUGCGAGGAGUCCGGCGAGGAGUUCACGGAGGACGGCAUGUCGUACACGCUCAAGGUGAACAUCGAGGACAAGACGGCGCACGUGAGCGAGGGAGUGGCGGUGGGGCUGCGCGAGGAGCGGGAGCGCACCAGCGCGCAGCUGGGGCGUACGGCAGUGUUCAAGGGCGCUACGGCGCUUACGGCACUGCCGCCGUACAUCACCCUACAGAUGAUGCGCUUCUUCUUCAGGCGCGACAACCAGCAGAAGGCCAAGAUCCUCAAGAAGAUCCCCUUCUCCCUGGAGUUCGACGCAUACGACUUCUGCAGCGCCCAGCUCAAGCAGCAGCUGGACGCGCCCCGGGCGGCCUACAAGGAGGCGCAGGACCGAGCCAUCGAGGCCAAGAAGCUCGCGAAGAAGGGCCCUGCGGCUGGGGCUGCGGACAGUACAGCAGCUGCAGCGCCGGCGGCUCCCAGUGCUGACGUGGACAUGAAGGAUGCUGCGGAGGCGGGUGCGGGCGCCAGCACUAGCAGCAGCGGCCCCACGGGGAGCACCACAAAGGCCAUGACGGGCAAGUACGAGUUGGUGGGUGUGGUGACGCACAAGGGCCGCACCGCGGACUCGGGACACUACGUGGCAUGGGUGAAGCAGCCCUCGGACGGCACCUGGGUGUGCUUCGACGACGAGAAGCUUACGGUGCGGACCGAGGAGGAGGUGCUGCAGCUGAGCGGCGGUGGGGACUGGCACAUGGCUUAUCUGCUGCUGUACCGGGCUAUCAUGGCGGAUGUGCCGGCUGGGGGGGCGGCGGGGGGGAGCGGGGAGGGUGCAGCGGCGGCGAAGCAGGGAGAGGAUGCGCCGGCGGCGAUGGAGGCGGAGGCGCAGGCCGGGGGUGCGAGUGCAUGAGGUGGCGAGCGGGGAUUUUGCAGCGAGUUGUCAGGGCUGCAUGGGGUUCUUGUUGUGAGGGAGAGGCGGCUAGGGUGAACGAAUGGAGGCGCUAGGAUGCAAGGAAGGAAGACAGGAAAGAGUACGGGUGUACGGCACUUGCAUGCGCACCUCGAGGCGGCGGCUGGUUCCAGUCAUACAGGCAUGUGCAUCAAUGGAGGUACAAUGUCUUGUUAAGAAGGGAGAGGAUUUGAAGCAGUGGACGACUCGUUGCAUUGAGAUGGAGGUGAAGGGUUUGGUGCAGGGGGCAGUUGGCAGGGCAGGAACGACAGGGCGCACAUCGUGCGAUGCACAAACGUUUGGCUUGCAAUGUGGGGGUUUGUGUACCGAUAUGCAUGCCGGACUGAGGGCCAGCAGAGAUGGAUUGGUAGUGAGGUAGGAUAGCGCGUUGGAGGCCGAAGCAAGCCAGAGCCAGCUGAAACUUCCCCCACGUUGCUUUUAGGUGACGUUCGUAUGGAUUAAAAGUUGUGCUCAUGACCAACGCGUAAGGGGCUUUGUUUGGUUCGUUGAUUCCUCCCAUUCCAGGAGAGAACUAUUGGUGCCACCGAUAGCCUCCUUGUGUCCGCCAUGACCUCUUUAACUUCCAGGGGUCAGCUGGGGUCAGGGAACAUGUGAGACGACGCUUCAUCAUUCAGUUCCCUCCAAGAAACCCGUCUCCUAAUCCUCAGCCCGAGCACUGUUUCCCCUGUUUGUUAACAGCCCGAG